CAAUCAAUCACUAAAGAUAUUUUUGAAAAGGGACAAUUUUCAUUAUAAAGAGACUCACCCGAAACUUUACCCCAUCCUCAAUUUAUAAAAAAAAGAACAACAAAAACAGUAAUUAAUUUGACUGAGUCAUAAAAACAAAUCUCCUCAUUUUGAACGUUGCCAAAUUCACAUUCAAUAAUGUCUUCCCAUGGAACAACCCCCAAUGAUUACAUCGAAAGUUUAUCAGAGGAACAGAUAGAACACGACCAAAAGAUCGGGGUCAAGGCCAUCCGUCUUUUCUUACAAAGUAAAACAUCGUACGAUGUGUUACCAGUCAGUUAUAGAUUAAUUGUUUUGGACACCUCACUUCUUGUUAAGAAAUCUUUAAAUAUAUUAUUACAAAAUAAUAUUGUUUCAGCUCCAUUAUGGAAUAAUAAAACUUCUAGAUUUGCCGGAUUAUUGACAUCAUCUGAUUUCAUUAAUGUUAUUCAAUAUUAUUUCCAAUUUCCAGAAAAAUUUGAUCUUGUUGAUCUGUUGACUUUGGAUGGAUUAAGAGAUAUUGAAAAGGCUAUUGGAGUUACCCCAAUAGAAACUGCAUCUAUACAUCCUUUCAAAUCUUUGUAUGAGGCAUGUGUGAAAAUGUUGGAUUCAAAGGCUAGAAGAGUCCCCUUAAUCGAUGAAGAUGAAAAGACUCAUAGAGAAAUUGUUGUUUCAGUAUUAACUCAAUAUCGGAUUUUAAAAUUUGUGGCAUUAAAUUGUAAAGAAACUAAAAUGCUUUUAAAACCAAUAAAAAAUUUACAACUGCUCGGUACUAUUAAGGAUAUUUCUACAUGUACCAUGAAUACUCCAGUGAUUGAAGUUAUUCAUUUAAUGGCUCAUAAAUCGGUUGCAUCCAUUCCAAUUAUUGAUGAUCAAGGUAAAUUAGUUAAUGUUUAUGAAGCAGUUGAUGUGUUGGCCUUGGUUAAAGGUGGGAUGUACACAGAUUUGGAUCUUAGUGUAGGAGAUGCAUUGUUGAGAAGACCAGAAGAUUUCGAAGGGGUUCAUACUUGUACAUUGAACGAUAGACUUAGUACUAUCAUGGAUACCAUUAGAAAAUCAAGAUUACAUCGUUUAUUUGUGGUUGAUGAUGAAGGGAAAUUAAUUUCGGUGAUAACUUUAAGUGAUAUCUUGAAUUAUAUUUUAUUUGGUGAAGAUUAAAUAAUACUACAAAUAGAUAGAGUAGAAUGAUAUUCUUUAUGAG